CGUGCCUACGUGAGGACCACCUGUCAACCGUCGCACUGGAAUCCUCAAAAAUCAAAAUCAGCCCAAGAACUCUCUCUCUCUGGUCUCUAGACUCGCCACUCUCCACUCUCCAGCAACGGAGCAACCUACUCUAUUUGGAUUCGAGUUCAAACAAUUUGCCAUGUGAAACAGUUUCCUUUUCUUUUUCUUUCCUUUUGUUUUUUAAAAUUCUAACUUCUAGGGUUUUAGUUUCUGUUUGUUUUUUACUGACAAAGAGGGAAAGGAGGAGAAUCUGUGCUUUGCUUCUUUCAAUCCGUCUGCCUAACGUCUUUCUGGGAGGUUCCUUAGAUCUGGAUCUGAAGUACAGUGACUGCACCAGCUAAUCGGCGGUGGUCGGCGAUGGCAGAGCCGGGGGAGCAUCACCGGAGUUCUGAUGAUAGUUCCGGUGAGGACUCUGUUACUUUGGGCACGGAGAUUGUGGGAGAAGGUGGCAGUGGUCGUGAAUUGGGAAGCGGAGAGGCCGCGGGAAGUUCUGAAUCAAACAGGGACAGCUCUUCAGAGGUUGUUGACAAGAAUUUGAAGAGAGCAAAUACUUUGCCUGGGGAGGCACCAAAUGAUAAACCAGAGCCAACUUCAAGUCGGCUCAAGUUGGAAAGAUCAAAAUCUGAGAGGCGCAGACAAGAGGCAGCACAAUUUUUUGAUAAUAAAAUUUCAGUUGAAAAGAAGCUCAAAUAUUUGAACAGAAUAGCUACUGUGAAACAUGAUGGAACUGUAGAAGUUAAAGUUCCAGUGGAUGUGAAAUCAGAGGAUCUUGACCUUCAAACUAAUGAUGCAUGUACUACUGUUCAUGAUGAACCUCUUGACUCAGCAGACUUUCAGUGUUUACCACCAAUGCAAAUAGUAAUGCUUAUUGUUGGUACACGGGGAGAUGUUCAACCAUUUAUUGCCAUUGGUAAACGCUUGCAGGACUAUGGUCAUCGUGUUAGAUUGGCAACUCAUGCAAAUUUUAAAGAGUUUGUUUUGACUUCUGGGUUGGAAUUCUAUCCUUUAGGUGGGGAUCCAAAAGCUCUUGCUGGCUACAUGGUCAAGAAUAAAGGCUUCUUACCAUCUGGACCUUCAGAAAUACCUAUUCAACGGAGACAAAUAAAGGAAAUCAUUUUCUCCUUACUUGAUGCAUGCAAAAACCCCGAUGUUGAUUCCAGUAUUCCUUUUAAAGCUGAUGCCAUAAUUGCAAAUCCCCCAGCAUAUGGGCAUACACAUGUAGCUGAAGCACUAAAAGUACCACUCCAUAUAUUUUUCACAAUGCCAUGGACGCCAACAAGUGAGUUUCCACACCCUUUGUCCCGUGUCAAACAGCAAGCUGGAUAUAGACUGUCAUAUCAAAUUGUUGAUUCUUUGAUUUGGCUUGGAAUACGAGACAUGAUAAAUGAUUUCAGGAAAAAAAAACUGAAGCUAAGACCUGUCACAUAUUUAAGUGGUUCCCAAGGAUCUGCUUCUGAUGUGCCUUAUGGAUAUAUUUGGAGCCCUCACCUUGUUCCAAAACCAAAAGAUUGGGGACCUAAGAUUGAUGUGGUUGGUUUUUGCUUUCUUGACCUUGCAUCAAAUUAUGAGCCUCCAAAAGAUCUUGUAGAAUGGCUUGAAAGAGGUUCAGAACCUAUCUACAUUGGGUUUGGUAGCCUUCCUGUUCAAGAGCCUGAGAAGAUGACACAAAUAAUUGUGGAGGCACUGGAAAAAACUGGACAGAGAGGCAUCAUUGGCAAAGGGUGGGGUGGCCUUGGGAACUUGUCAUAUUUGUUUACCUGGAUUUUUUCCCCAGUGGCAGAAGAAAAGGAAUUUGUAUAUUCUCUGGAUAACUGCCCUCAUGACUGGCUAUUCUUACGGUGCAAGGCUGUGGUACAUCAUGGGGGUGCCGGAACAACAGCUGCUGGCCUUAAAGCUGCGUGUCCAACAACUAUUGUCCCUUUCUUCGGAGACCAACCUUUCUGGGGAGAACAAGUGCAUGCUAGAGGAGUAGGUCCUGCCCCUAUCCCGGUUGAUGAGUUCUCACUUCCAAGGCUGGUUGAUGCGAUUAUGUUCAUGUUAGAUUCUGAGGUGAAGGAGCGGGCAAUGAAACUAGCCAAAGCUAUCAAAUCUGAGGAUGGAGUAGAAGGAGCAGUAAGAGCUUUCUUUAAGCAUCUUUCUUCCAAAAAGCCCGAGUCUCAACCAUCACCAGUGCCAUCAGGUUUCUACGAACAAUGCUUUGGUUCUGUAAGAAGAUGUUUUGGUUGCUCAUAAUUCCCAGAUCCAUUUUGUUGCCCCUUCUCCUUUUCCUUUGUACCUCAUUUUCAUUUUUCUUCUUUGUUUUCAUUUCCAAUGUUCUUGUAUUCAAUUAUUACAGUUUUCUUGUGAAAAUUAUCUUAUUUUCACAUUAUACCUUCCCCCAUAUAUAAGGUGAGUUUCAGUGUAUUACUAAUCAAACUUUGUAGCAUGAUCCUUCACUUAUUUUCUAUGGAAAUCCUUUUUGUUUUCUCCCA